AUGUCAGCAACCGAACUUACAAAAGUUGCUGCUCCCAAAGUUGGUGUCACAGCCGUCGUCCAAAAUGGAGAGGGCAAAUUCCUCUGCAGCAUCCGAAAGGGCAGCCAUGGCGCGGGUACAUGGCAGUUCCCUGGCGGACACUUGGAUCCCGAGGAGGAGUUCAUGGCGUGUGCCGAGCGAGAGACGGAUGAGGAAACGGGCCUAGCGAUCAAGGGAAAGGGUGUCUUUACUGUUACGAAUGAUAUUUUCAAGGAGGACGGCAAGCACUACAUUACAAUCUUCGCCAAGUGUGUCAUGGACGACCCGAACCAGAAGCCAGAGGUCAAGGAGCCAAACAAGUGCGACGGAUGGCACUGGAAGUCGUGGGAGGAGCUGUUGGCCAUCAACGAGGCGGCAGCUGCUGGUACUGCAACGAACCCCCUGUUCACGCCUCUGGUGAACUUGAUCAAGCAGACAGCCGACCUCAGCCUCGAUGAGUUUAUGACCCGGAAAGGGUUCUGA